GAUGAGGGGCAGCACACACAAAUAUGUAAAGCCGAGCGACAAUCAACAUUUUGUUUUUGUCGCUACCGUUAGGCCGGCAAGUGAGUGUGCAACAGCAAUUUAACAGUGAGAAUAAUAACGUUAAUGCCAACAGUCAGAGCAUAAGAAACCAGAAGAAGAAACAUUCAAAAAUUAUAAAGAAAACGUAAAAAAGAAUAAAUUUUCAAGAUAUUGAAAUCAAUUGAAGAACGAAAGAAAUAUCAAAGAGGUGAGGUGAGGUGAGGUGAGCUGUUGUGACAACCUUGGUUGAGGUUGAGAAUUGGACACAGUCGUCAAGGAACUCUUUCCCGAAGCAGAGGAUAUGUAUUCGGCAGUAAAGCCACUUUCCAAAUAUCUACAAUUCAAAUCGAUACGCAUCUAUGAUGCCGUAUUCACAAUACACUCCAAGUGUACGGUGGUUAUAUUAUUGACCUGUUCCCUGCUGUUAUCGGCCCGACAAUACUUUGGGGAUCCCAUACAGUGCAUUAGCGAGGAGAAGAACAUUAACUAUGUGCAAUCCUAUUGCUGGACCAUGGGCACCUACAUCAUCAAGCUGGACAACUUCAGUGAGCGCCUUCAGCUGCCAGUGCCACCAACUGCCAGCGGUGGUCGUGGCCGGGUUAGUCUCCGUCGACUGGCGGACUACAAUGAGGAAUAUGCACGUGCUCUGUCAAUAGCUGAGGGUGUCGGUCCUGAGGUUCGUGGCCAGACACAGCGGGAAUAUUUACGAUACUAUCAGUGGGUCAUCAUAUUGCUGCUGUUUCAAUCGUUCGUCUUUUACUUCCCGUCCUGCCUGUGGAAGGUGUGGGAGGGUCAGCGUCUCAAGCAACUAUGCUCGGAGGUGGGCGAGGCUCUACUCUCGGAGCAGACAUACAACACACGAUUGCGACUGCUGGUGAAAUAUUUUACCACCGAUUACGAGGACAUGCACUAUUGCUAUAUGGCCAAAUAUGUAUUCUGCGAGCUGCUUAACUUUCUCAUCAGCGUGAUGAACAUACUGGCUCUGGAGGUGUUUCUCAAUGGAUUCUGGACCAAAUAUAUGCAUGCUUUGGCCACGAUACCAUUGUACGACUGGGAUAGCUGGAAUCAUAUCUCAUCGCGGGUCUUUCCCAAAAUUGCCAAGUGCGAGGUACUCAAAUAUGGCGCCAGUGGAACGGCCAGCAUUAUGGAUAAUCUCUGCAUAUUGCCGCUCAACAUUUUAAAUGAGAAGAUCUUUGUUUGCCUGUGGUGUUGGUUCCUUCUAAUGGCCCUUAUGUCGGGCCUAAAUCUUCUCUGUCGCUUAGCCAUGAUGUUGAGCCGGACACUCCGUGAGCUAAUGAUACGCAGUCAAUUGCGUUUCAUGACCAAACAAAAUGUGCAGCGUGUUUUUAGAAAUCUGACCAUCGGCGAUUGGUUUCUACUGAUGAAGGUCAGCGUCAAUGUCAAUCCGAUGCUCUUUCGGGAUCUCAUGGAGGAGCUGUGCGAGUUGCGCUCCUCGCCUAGCUCUACAUCAUCGCUAACACUACUCGAGAGUCCCGCUUAGCCCAAAAGCUCAUUGCCCAUAUAUCGUGAAUCGCGUUUACCAUAUCUAUUAAAUUUUUUUUUUUUUUGGUAUACCCACCACAGUCGAAAGUCGACUCUUAAACUCACUGUGUAUAAUUAUAUAUAUCUUUUAACUUUUUUCGAACAAGUAUAUUUAGUUUAAAUUAA